GGGUGUCCUGUAUGGUGCAGAGGGUGUAUGGGAUUGUUUGCACAAGGAGUACCAUAUGUUGGAGUGUACCGGGGAUUUGUAGCUGGAUACAACCCCUCUGUGAUAGUGGUAUUCUGGACAAUUUGGUGGUGUUAACGAGCAGGUAACCUGCCAAAAGACUGCUAAAAAUGGCUGCUGGUGCCUCGGAAUCUAACCAGCUACUGGCGUUUAUCAAGAUCGAGCUGGCUGACCAGGCGCUCGAGCUGCAGUCGUAUCUUCAGUCGAAGGGAGCUGACAUUCCCGCGCCAUCGUCCGAGGACCUUCACGAGGACCUUAGUCGCAUCAUUGAGGCUUGCGAUGUGUGCUUCGCUUCCUCGGCCCCUGCCGACGUGGAGGCUGUUUUGAACAGCAUCGUCUCCAUGAUCAUUCUGGAAACCGUCAAAGACAACAACAAACUCAUAGUCCAAUUCUGCGCAAAACUAUCAGCGGCAACUACCUGCCAAGAAGUUUGCCUCAAGGUCACUAAUCUCCUGUUCAACAGCCUCAAACCAUCGUCACCAGUGAAGUAUGAUGUUUACUACAGCCUUGUCUCCCUGGCUGGCAAAGUGGACCAGAUCGACAGUGUGUUCUCCUCCAUCCCGGAAAUGGAGGCCGCCCUGGGCUCUGACCUGACGGUGGCGCAGAAGCAGAAGCUGCUGCGUCUCAUCUACCGGGAGCUGUUGAACAACAAGCACAGUGAGGCGGCCUCCGUGGUGAUGAUCGACCUGCUGCGCACCUACUCGGAGGAGACGGCGUCCGAGGCGCGCGAGGAGGCGCAGCGCUGCGUGCUGGCCGCGCUCGCCGACCCCGACACGUACCUGCUCGACCACCUGCUGAGCCUGAAGCCGGUGCAGUCGCUGGAGGGCAGUCCCGUUUACCAGCUGCUCACCAUCUUCAUCAGCGAGGGGCUGGCCCAGUACCAGCAGUUCUACGCCCAGCACAAGGACCUGGUGGAGAGUUGGGGCCUCAACCACGCCAACAACGAGACCAAGAUGCGGCAGCUGACGUUCAUGCAGCUGGCUCAGGCACACCCGGACAUGCCGUUCGACAUGAUCGAGAAGGAGCUGCAGGUGCCCGAGAAAGGCGUGGAGGAGUUCGUCAUCGAAGUGCUGCGGACGCGGCUGGUGCGCGGCCGCAUGGACCAGGCGGCGCGCAAGGUGCACAUCUCGUCCACCAUGCACCGCACGUUCGCCCGGCCCCAGUGGCAGCAGCUGCGCGACGUCCUCACCGCCUGGAAGGCCAACGUGUCGGCCACCUGCGAGAGCAUGCAGUCGGUGGUGAUGGCGCAGAUGGAGAUGAUGGGCCAGCUCUCCAACGCCUAGGGCGCGCGCGCGCGCGGGACGUGACGCGCCCCAAUACACAGGCGUCAGCGGUG